UGAGCAAUGCCUUUUGCUGUAUCGGCGCCAUUGUAGUUCUCCGGGGUGUGUCGCGAAUGGAACCGAAAGCCAACUAUUCUGGGACUAAAUCAAAUAAUGAGCGGGAAGGACAGGCCGAUAAAUUGUGAUAUGAGGGAAAUCAAAUGGUAUAGAUCAAUCCCUGCACACAGACAACUGUGAAGAAGUAGGUUGAGGAGGGGUUGUGUCUCUUAUCAAGAGUUUGGGUCUGUGACUCCGCAACUCCAAAGUCUCCAACUGCAGAUCACCGCUUGCAACCCCAAGCCGAACCCUCCGAACCGACUUAUCGACAACGCUUGAUUCGUACCACAGAUAUGGAGGAAAGCUCCGUCAUUGGAUCAAAGCACCGAGAGCCUAUAUCAUUCAAGACGAGGCAAGGUUGUAUCGUCUAUUUAACAGGCAAGACUGUCCAAUCUGUCGAACACGGCAAUGCUCCCCACUACGUCGCCUAUUCAUAAUGGGAGCCCUUAAAACGCUAUUAAUCGCCAACCGGGGCGAAAUUGCGGUUAGAAUCUUGAAAACAGCGAAAACGUUGAAUAUUCGAACCAUUGCUGUCUACACCGAACCUGAUGCAGCUUCCACUCAUGUCCACCUAGCAGACAAGGCAGUUCUUCUCUCCGGCUCGCCUUCGAAGGCGUACAUCGACGGUGAUCAAAUCAUCGAAAUCGCCAAACAAAAUCAUGUGGACGCGAUUAUUCCAGGCUAUGGAUUCCUGUCGGAGAAUUCAGACUUUGCCCGAGCUGCAGCUGCGGCUGGCAUGGUUUUCGCUGGUCCUUCGCCUGAGAGCAUUGAGGCAUUCGGUCUUAAACACACCGCACGCGACCUUGCCACAAAGGCCGGGGUACCCAUUGUACCUGGCUCACAAGGUCUAGUGACAAGUGAGGAUGAAGCGGUGACAAUAUCAAAGAAUCUAGGCUUCCCGGUCAUGCUAAAAGCUACGGCUGGUGGAGGUGGAAUGGGUCUGCUGACCUGCAACACCGAGAAAGAGGUUCGCGAGUCUUUUGCUACCGUCAGAUCUCGAGGAGAGGCUCUAUUUAAGAACGCCGGAAUGUUCAUUGAGCGUUAUUACCCCUCAAGCCAUCACAUCGAAGUUCAGGUCUUUGGCAACGGCAACGGCAAAGCUAUCGCUAUUGGUGAGCGUGAAUGCUCGAUUCAAAGACGCCACCAGAAAGUGAUUGAAGAAUGCCCAAGUCCCUUCGUGACCCGCAACCCCAGUCUGAGGCAGAAGCUGUGUGAUGCCGCAGUCAGUCUAGCAGAAUCAAUUGAGUACGGCUCAGCUGGGACAGUGGAGUACCUUGUUGAUGACGAAACCGGCGCGUUCUUCUUCCUCGAGAUGAACACUCGUCUGCAGGUCGAGCAUGGGAUCACAGAGCUAUGUUAUGGGGUCGACCUGGUAGAGCUCAUGUUGAAGCAGGCGGAGGCUCAGCUUUCGGGCAACAGAGGUCUAGAGGCAAAAUUCCUUGCUGGGAUUCCCGUGAAUGCCCCGUCAGGUGCAGCUAUCGAGGCCAGAGUCUAUGCCGAAAACCCGGUCAGAGAUUUCGUCCCAUGCCCUGGAACUCUACAGAGUGUUGAAUGGAAAGAGCUUCCAGGAGCUCGGAUCGAUACAUGGGUUUACAGGGGGGUGAAGAUAUCGGCGAACUACGACCCGCUGCUUGCAAAAGUCAUGUUUCAUGCACCAGACCGACAGCAGGCAAUUGAGGGAAUGAGGAAAACCUUACUUGAAUCGCGCAUCUGCGGUCCCCCAACGAAUCUGGAGUUCUUGGCUGAAAUACUUGCUGCCGAGAAAUUUGUCUCUGGAAACACACUGACAAAGUUCCUGGAGACUUUCGAGUAUAAUUUAUCAGCUAUUGAUGUUGUCUCGGGCGGUGCCUAUACACUUAUCGAAGAUUGGCCUGGUCGCCCGACCUUGGGACGAGGCUUCUGUCAUUCCGGACCGAUGGAUCCAUUCGCAUUUCGCAUUGCAAACGCCCUUGUUGGCAACUCAGCUGAAGUUGAGGCGUUGGAAAUCACACUGAGUGGGCCCGAGUUGCGAUUCCUAGGGCCAUCGAUUGUUUCUAUCUGCGGUGCAUCGGUUGAAGCCACACUGGAUGACAAGCCUAUCCGAAUGUGGUCAAGAAUUCAAGUUGCGGCGGGACAACGCUUGAAAAUCGGAAAGACCACCGGAAAUGGCUGCAGAGCCUAUCUUGCCAUAUUUGGGGGUUUCUUGAACGUUGCCCAAUGGUUCGGAUCCAAGUCCACUUCGCCAAUGGUUGGCGUAGGAGGCUACCAGGGUCGACAGCUUGCGCCUGGAGACCUUCUGUCCAUCACGAGUAAUAUCCCAGAGAUUCGCGGUGAGCUUUCUGUCCCAGAGCAUCUCAUUCCCAAAUACCCAGACAGCUGGGAGAUCAUGGCUAUGCCGGGGCCAUACGACGAGGGUUAUCUGACCCCGGAGAGUAUUGACAUGUUGUACGAAACGGACUGGAAAAUCUCCCACAACGCAGCCAGAGGUGGUAUUCGCCUGAUUGGCCCGAAACCCAAAUGGGCUCGUUCUGACGGAGGAGAGGGUGGUGCACAUCCAUCCAAUUUGAUUGAAUAUGGCUAUGCGAUAGGAUCCCUCAACUGGACGGGCGACGACCCUGUGAUUUUCCCUCAAGAUGGCCCAGACUUUGGUGGCUUCAUUACCAGCCACACGAUCGUAAAGGCCGACCUUUGGAAAUUGGGACAAGUCAAAGCUGGUGAUACUCUGAAAUAUAGGGCCGUUUCGUUGGCAGAUGCGGUGGCAGCUCGCAACGAGAAGGAGAAUUUCAUCUCUCAGGUUGAAGAGGGUUGCCGUAAAGGGAAUCUUAGCGGCGUCACACCAGUCACAGAUGACCUCCCUCCAGCAUUAACGGCGAAGACUCGUGGGUCUGGCCUGGUUCACCAGGUCAAGGAGGAAGGAAGCCAGCCACUGGUAUCAUAUCGACAGGCGGGAGAUGACUAUAUGCUGAUUGAUUACGGCCAUGGGUCUUUCGACCUGAACCACCGCUGCAGAGUGACAUCUCUCAAGAAGAUGCUCAACGAAGGCAAGGGAGACAUAACAUUCUCCAACGGACUAAUCUCAAUGGUCGGAUGUGGCAACUCCCUAAUGCUCUACUACGACGGCACGAAGAUCCCCCAGAAGAAACUCCUCAGCUACCUCACCGACCUAGAAGCCCAACUCGGCGACCUCAGCCAAGCCAAAAUGCCCAGCCGACUCUUCAAGCUCCCGCUGACCUUCGAAAGCCAGCGCCAAAAAGACGCUCUGAGCCGAUACAUGGAGACGCAGCGGCCCUACGCCUCCUACCUCCCCGACAACAUGGACUUCGUGGCCAAAAACAACGCCUUCACCAAGGAAGAGUUCGAGAACAUCUACCUCACCGCCAGCCUCAUGGUCGUCUCGGUCGGCUUCUUCACAGCCCUCCCGCUCUCCCUCCCCGUCGACCCGCGCCAGCGCAUGAACUGCCCCAAAAUGAACCCCAGCCGCGUCUACACCCCCGCCGGCUCCGUCUCCUGGGGCGGCAGCUGCAUGGCGCUGUACAACGUCGACUCGCCCGGCGGGUACCAGAUGACGGGGAUGACGAUCCCGGGCGUCGACAUCCUCGGCUCGAAGCGCGGCUACAGCGCCGACCGGCCCUGGCUGUUCGAGGAAUUCGACCAGAUCACGUUCUUCCGCGUCUCGGAGGACGAGUACGAGGAGCAGCUGGCGCUCUUCAACAGCGGCCGCUACCAGUACCAAUGGGAAGACGUGGUCUUCGACAUGGCCGAGCAUAACCGGCUGCUGCGCGACACGGCAGACGAGGUGCGGGCCAUCCGGAAGCGCCAGCGCCAGGCGCAGACGGAGAUGGAUCAGUUGGAGUCGGAGCUGCUAGAGCGGUGGGCGCAGCAGAAGGCCGAGAAGGGGGUCCCCGUGGACGAGAUCGAGAGUCUGCUGAAGGACCCGAGCGUGCAGCGCAUCGACGCGCCGCUGAACGCGAACGUGUGGAAGGUCGAGGUCAAGCAGGGCGAUCGGGUCGAGGAGAACCAGGCCGUGGUGAUUCUGGAGGCGAUGAAGUUGGAGAUCGCGGUGCGGGCGGAGCUGCCGGUCGUGGGGACCUCGGUGGAGAAGAUCCUGGUGCAGCCGGGGGAUUCGAUCGAGGCUGGGAAGCCGUUGGUGUUGGUGAGGAAGGAGUAGAGGCUUUGGGUAUUGACACUGGGACUGGCGCUGGGGGUAUUCAACGGAUAUCUAGUUACUGUACAAUUUUAUUUGCUAUAUCGUUUAC